AUGCAAAGCAAAAGGACUGGUCCCGACCUGCAGGGUCAUACCGAUAUCACGCAGGUCGACCUCGGUCUGGAUUUCUCGAGGCGUAACAACAUUGCUCCUGCCAACGUGGUCUUCGGUCUUACCUUUUGCGGUUGCUCAUUUACUAUGCGUGACCUCAAUUGCCACCAGCCCAACGGCCAGUGCGAAUUCAGUGACGGGGGCAAGCCGGGUUCCUGCUCUGAGACAACAUUGAUCCUCACGUAUGCGGAGAUUAACCCGAGAAGCGACUCAUGUAACGUGUAUAAGCUCUGUGACUCAGAAACCGCGAUCAUAUACAACAUCUAUGGGGGGACUCAGUGGAUCUCGUAUGACGGAGAAAAGUCCUUCUUGUCAAGGAUAAUAUGGGCAACAGACCAAGGUACUGGUAAAUUUGACGCUUUUGCGGGUCUGCUUGGUGAGAACCUCUUGCCUCGGCAAAUGAAGUGUGGUAUCGAUGUGGAUGCAGCAAAUGUCCUCGCCGAUGUGUUUGCUGCAUUUACAGAGUGCGAAACUGUUUCGAAACAUCUCACCGCUCGGAUGGAUCUUUUAAACACCCGGAUCAAGGAGGAAACAAGCCAUCAAAUGGAGACGGUGGAGAGGGAUGGUACCGCCAUAUCUGUUGUUCCGAGGAUGCCAUGCCCCAAAAUUGCAAGUGGACGGGAGCUCCAGAGCGCAGCGCCUUUGGUUGCGAGGCUAUCGACGCCAAGGGUGGAGGGCAAUGCUUCACAGAAGCUCGCUGCCGCGUUUCUGAUUCGGCGGCUUUGUUCUCGGACUGCCUCUGGACUGGAUGCCGAGGAGCUCUUUUUCCAUAAACUCACGGCGAAUGUCCGGCAAACACUGACUAUCAAGCCUUCAGCUGGGACAAAUUGCAUUGGAAGCCUUGGUGUUCAGACGCAUUCGAAAGCGCCCUCUGCUGUCCGUCUGGCCGGAGCUUUAGCACUUGUGCAUGGACAAACAGCCUACAGCAGGCCGACCUACCUGAAGAGUACGAACCACACCUUCACGAGCUCCUCUGCAAGCCAAGACCGUGUUCAACCGGGAAGGUCAAGGAUACCGGCGUAUCAAAUACUAGCCUUCAUUGGUCACGAAGCGGGGGGAAUAGCAGGGGGCAUUCUUGCCGAUGAACCGGGAGUUGCAGAAGUAGUGUCUGUCUGGGUGGCACCGUCCACACGAUGUCGCGCAGUCGGGGAUGCAUUGAUCAUUACUGUGGAGGAAUGGGCUGUGGAGGCUGAUGUAACCCAGCUCAAGCUAGAUGUGGCUUUGGAUAAUGUCCAGGAUGUCAAACUUCACCUGCGUCAUGGAUUUUUUGUUGUUCCAGAUCAGAAUGAGCAUGAGGGCAGGAGAAAGGCCAGGAUUUAA